CUGCUUUGCCGUAGCCAGUAGCCGUUGACGGCUCUUGUAGUGACGUAUCGACCUCUGUCUGUAAUUAUUUUCUUUUUCUUUUUUCAUUUAUUUUGUGGGGAAAAAAGGAAAAGGGAGUACCACCCAGUCGCCCCACGUAUAUCCGUCUCCAUAAACCCCUGUCCGAUUUUAUAUGAAAUUACAUUUUCUUUAUUUUUAUUCGGGCUUUUCGGAUAGCUAGCAAGCUAACGUUAGCUAGCCACAAAACAAAUCGGGAUAGGUGGUUUUAGCUAGCUGGCCAGCGGGAGCUAUAGCUAGCUAGCUAGCUAGUUUGCCAUUUUAUCCAUUUGCGACACAACCUCGAGACAAGUCGGGAUAAGGCCAGUCUCAGGGCUCACCAUACUCAAUGAGCGGACAGCGCAAUGUCAGAGCGCUCUGGGCAAACAGCAAAGGGGAAGGAUGGCAAAACAAAGUAUGCGUCUCUCAACCUGUUUGAUACCUACAAAGGAAAAAGCCUCGAAGCACAGAAGCCUGUUGUCCCCCCCCGCCAUGGCCUCCAGUCUCUUGGUAAAGUUGCCUCUGCGCGGCGCAUGCCCCCCCCAGCCAACCUGCCCAGUCUGAAGGCAGAAAACAAAGGCAACGACCCCAACGUCUCGCUCGUUCCCAAAGACGGCACAGGAUGGGCAAGCAAACAGGAACCUGCAGACCCAAAGAGUACCGAUGCAUUGUCAGCUCCGCAGCAGGAAUCGCAGCCGCCCGUGGCUUCACAGACGCCUGCAUUGACCCGGCCGAAAACCCCGACAGCACCAGAGGCCCCGGCUGCAGCCCUGGGCGCAGGAGCAAGGUCUUGGGCACCGGCCAGUGUUAUACAUGGAGUGCAAGGGGAUGGUGGAAAGGGAUCAAGCCAACCGUCGCCAUUCUCUCGCGAGGAAUUUCCCACCCUGCAGGCGGCUGGAGACCAGGACAGAGCUGGCAGAGAACAGGCCACUGCAGAUCAGUGGUAUGGGCCCGGACCAAGCCUCCGCCCCCAGAAUGUGACAAGUUGGCGGGACGGGGGGGGCCGCGCCCUGAAUGCGGUCCUGCCCGGAGAGGGGGCGGCGGAGGGUGGGCUUGGAGGAGCGUCUGUGAUGGAGGGCGCAGCUGGGGGAGGCCAGCUGCCAUCCCACCAGCAGAAUCCCCCUUCCCACAUGCCCCCUAGAAAUCCCCCGCCCAACAGCCCCGCCCUGCCUCAUUCCCAGCCCGCAGUGGCCCCCCAAUUCCCUGGCUACCGCGGCAUCAUGCCUCCCUUUAUGUACCCUCCGUACCUCCCCUUUCCUGCUCCAUAUGCCCCCCAGGUACCAUACAGAUACCCCCAAUCUGCUGAGGUCCCCAGACUCGCUCGUGCGCAAGGUGGGGUGGGGGCCGAUGGGAGGCCGCCAGGUGGUCCACGGGGAGGGAUGGCGGAGGCAGUGAAGCGCCCUUCCAUCCUGAAGCAGGAUGACUUGAAGGAGUUGGAUGAGUUGGAUCAUGAUGGAGACGAGGGCUGGGCAGGAGCUCAUGAGGAGAUUGAUUACUCAGCUAAGCUGAAAUUCAGUGAUGAUGAAGGUGAUGAAGAAGGCGAAGAAGAGAGGAGUGAGCCCAAUAAUGGUGCCCGGGAAGCAAGAGAGCAGCAGCGUACCCAGGAGGGGCUAGCUGCCACCUCGCGCGCCCGUGGUCCGGACAGCGGAGGAGAGAGCCUCCGUACUCCUCCUUCUGCCCCAGAAGAUGCUUCCCAACCCCCCUCCAGCAAGCCAGGCUGGGCCGAGGAGGGGACGGGCAGCUGGGCCGCUCAGGGCAACAUUACUCUUCACCAGGGGCGGAGGUCUGGAUUGGGUGGGACACGGGAGCAGCCCUCCCCCCCACCGGGGCCACUGCUGGGCCAGAUACCCUACUCCUACUACCGACAGGACCGCCCAUCGCCACAGCAUGGCUCCGCCGCCACCGUCAAUGCCUCCCAGAAGCUGCCCUCCAGUCUGACCCAACAGCAGGGGCAGCAGUCCAACACCCCUCCAGCUGCCGCCUCCCUGGCCCCCCAGCCCCAGGGUGAGGACGAUGACGAGACGUGGCGCCAGCGCCGAAAGCAGUCCUCCUCGGAGAUCUCGGCGGCUGUGGAGCGCGCGCGUAGGCGGCGGGAAGAGGAGGAACGCAGGAUGGAAGAGGAGCGCCGGGCUGCCUGCGCCGAGAAACUGAAGAGGCUCGACGAGAAGCAGCAGCAGAGCGCCAAGCCCAUGGCAGCUACCUCUUCAGGGAGCAGCAGAGAGGGCAGCAGCCCUGGGCCCUCCCUGUCCGCCCCAGCUUCCUCCCCCGUCAUCAGCCAGCCCUCGUCCCCUUGCGUGGACUCUGGCGAACCCCCCCUCUCAGCUUCCCAGGCUGGGGGUGCCACAGGGGCUGGUGGCAACAACAGGCAGAGGGCUGGCAGUAACAGCAGCUAUGAUUCAAACACGGAAUCCCAGCAGUGUCCUCAGCCCCCAGCUCCCCAGACCCUGGAUGCGGUGGUGGCCAACGAUGGAAGGGAUGAGGUCGCUGGUUCCCCCAACUUGCGCAGCGGCUCAGAUAUUAUAAAGGUGGAGGGCAUAGGGACAGUGCCUGGUCGACAGCCGGGCAGCCUCCCGAGCCAGGGCUACUCGAAGUACCAAAAGUCGCUCCCUCCUCGCUUUCAGAGGCAACAGCAGGAGCAACUACUCAAGCAGCAGCAGUGGCAGCAGCAGCAACAGCAGCAGCAUAGUCAAGCAGCCCAAAACCAGCUGCAGCCUCCAGCAGCCCCACAAGGCCCCGCUGGGGGUGCGCCACCGCAGUCCGCCCCCAAACAGCCUCCCUUGUACCCACCCGGGUCAUUGGGACGGCCUCCUCCACUGCCUAUGAACUUUGACCCUCGAUGGAUGAUGAUGUCCUACAUGGACCCAAGGGUGAUGCAGGGCCGCCCUGCACCCAUGGAGUACUACCCUACCAGCAUGCAUCCUUCGGGGCUCUUGGCCCGCGAGCGCUCCGAUUCUGGCGGCUCCAGCUCAGACGCAUUUGAUCGGCAGCAGCCCCACCCAGGACCCCCGCACCCCCACCGUGGAACACCACCUAUGGAUCCGAAGCUGGCCUGGGGACCUGACAUGUUCCCUGGGGGCAGCGAGGCCCGCAGCCUGAGCUCUCCUCUGAGGCAGAAGCAGCAUGAUGAAGAAGAAGCCAGUAAAGGGCUCAGGAGUGAUACACCUCCGGUUCGACUGCGAGAUGGAGGAACGGGUCCCAUUCAACAGCCUAAUGUUGCCCCCAGCUCUCCCUCUGGCUCCUCCAACCAAACCCCACCACCGCCUCUUGGUACCCAGGGAGGGCCCGGAGUGGGAAUGCCAGGUGGAAGCGGGGGCCACCUUCCCCACCAUCACCAGCCCUUUAUGGGGGGCAGGGGUAACUACAGCAGUUUCCCUGACGGUGAAUCUAGAGGGCCUCCCCACCAGCAGCAGAGGGGUAACAGUGGAGGUGCUCUGCAUGACUUCAGCCACCCGGACGAGGGCUCCAGAGCAGUCCAGCAGGGGCAGAUCUGGGGUGCCCCACACCCCCACUAUGACCGUAAUGGUCGUGCUGAUCUCUCCCCCCUGGAAAAUAACCCACAUCUGCACCACCACCAUCCACAUCACCCUCACACUUCCCAUUUGCCCAUUCACCCCCACAAGACAGAGAAUGGCAGGGAACGUGAGAGGGGAGGGGAAUUGAAAAAGAGCGACCCCUCUCCACCUCUUAACCAACCUUGCAUCUCUUCCUCCUGCUCGUCCUCCUCCUCUUCAUCGUCAUCGGCCCGAGAUGACCAUGGCGACAAGCUGUCUUUGCAGCCCAUCCCUCCACAGCAAGACCAUGAUUUGGGGUCAGGAGUCAGCAGAAAGCAGGAGAAGAUUGGCCCCACCCAUCUUCAUUCCACCCACUCCUCUGUUGCCCCUUCCUCCCACCAUCCCCUCCAGCAGCAGCAGCUGCCCCACUCAAAACCAAACCAACGUGGACGCGAGCACAAGACUGAGACUCAGUGGGGGCCACGUCCUGGAAGCAGCAGUAAUGUUUCCUCACACAACAGGAAGUCUAGUGCCCCAGUAGGAAGCAGCAUGGAAGAGGAACUGGCAGGUUCUGUGACAGAAAACAAAGCCCCCACUCAUCCUGGAGGAGGUAACACCAACAAGCGGGCUGGGCCUAUUAAGAGGACCACGAUUCGAGAGAAUAAACGAGAGGGCGGCGAAAGCGAGGGAGGAGAGAAGUCAGCCGGGGGGUCAGGGAAGGACAAAGAACAAGACUGUACCCAACCAUCAGUUAAACAGGAUACAGCCACCAGCUCUCACACACCCUCUGUGCCCUCUAAAGAUGACCCGGCACUGAGCAGCAAACCCAGAAGUGGGGCAAAGGAGAAAGUGACAGGUGUAAGCAAAGGAUCUAAAGAUGGGGACAGCCAGGCUCCGUCUUCGGCCUACUCCGGUCCGUCGUCAAGGCGAGACAGGGAGCGUUCCUAUGAGAGGAGCGGAGGAGGGGGCAGUUCGUACCACCAUGCAGCUCCACCAAAGGGCAACAGAACUGGUCGAGGCCGAGGAGGGGAGUAUUACGGAAGAGGGCGGGGGUACAGAGGCACCUAUUCGGGGAGCGGAACUGGAGGAGGUGGCAAUGGCAGUCGUGGGAGAGCAGGAGGGAGGAGUGGCCGGGAUUACCGAUCCUCAGCCGGUGGCAGUUACCACCAGGCCAAUCCACACGGCUCCAAUACCCAAGAUCCCAGCCUUUACAAGGGGGAUUCAGUGUCUGGGAGCGGAAGGCAGGGGAGCUCACAGCUGAACCCAGGGCGUGCCAGAAACCGCAGUGAGACCAGGAGCGAGGGCUCUGAAUACGAAGAAGUUCCAAAGCGGAGGAGACAGCGGGGCUCCGAGACAGGCAGCGAAAGCGCUGCCAGUGACCUCGCCCAUUCCGACAAAGAGGAGCGGAAGCAGCAGCCAAAAAACGGCAGCGGCAGCACAGUCAACGCUACACCUGCCACUGGAGGGGGCCCUGCCUCUAGCACACAGCCCAGAAUGUCCCAGACUCGCGUCUUCACCCCUAGGGGUGUCCCUUCGAGACGAGGCCGAGGUGGCGGGGGUGGAACGGGAGGGAUCUACAGAAACGUUAGUGGUAGUGGGGGGGGAAUUUCGAACAGUCAUCGAUCUGUGCCUAACUCCUCCACCCACAGCUGGCCUUCCAAGUCGUCAUCCUCGGUUCGGAAACAAGUCGCUUCACAGCCUUUGCCUCCAAAGGACGGGGGCCAUAGUGGUACUGAGAAAAAGGAGAAGGCAGCAGAUUUGGGGCACUCCCAAAAUCAGAACGCCAACGUGCAGCUCCCCUCAACUCCCAUGGCACCUCCUUCAGCAUCCCAGCUACCCUCCGAGAACGGGGGCCUGGGAUCCCCUGUGUUGUCCGCGAACGUUCUGCCCAAUUCUGCAGCACCUGCCGGUGUGCCUCAAGCGAUCUCCGGUCCGGAUGCCCGCAGCUUCCCUCCCCGUGGAUUUGAGCGCCCCCCUAGGCGUCGCAGGCACGGCCGCUCGCAGCAUCAACAAGAUAAACCCCCACGGUUUCGUCGUUUGAAACAGGAACGGGAGAACGCAGCUCGAAUCAACGGAGGAACCAACAUAAUCGGAGGGGGCAUACCCACACAGAGGCCAGCAUCACCUUCCCAGGUAGCUUUGCAUGAAGUGGACAGCACUUCCAAUGCAGCCUCGACGGCCACUCCCAGUGCAAACCACAACAUGGCAGCAAGUACCACCACCACCAACAACAACAACAGCAGUCACCAAGUGGGAACCAACUCAAAUUUAAACACCCACCAUCAUCACCAUCACUACCCCCCUGCCAUAGCCCCCCAACACCACCAUAACCACAAUCCACCAGGGGGCGCCAAGUCCCCCGACAUCUCCAAUCAGAAUUCUGAUCAGGCCAAUGAGGAGUGGGAGACUGCCUCCGAGAGCAGCGACUUCAAUGAGUUCCGGGAGAGAGAGGGUGGGAACGCAGGCGGAGUCGCAAGGUCCUACUCCUCACACCACCAUCACCACCUGCUGGGAAGAGGAGGCGGCAGUGGUGGAGGAGGCGUGGAGCGAGAGAUCACUGCGAAAGAAUCUGCCGCAAACAAGAGAAGCUUCUCCAGCCAGCGACCUGGGAUGGAGCGGCAGAACCGUAGAGUGAAUGCGGGUGGAGGAGGAAGGGGUCCUCGGGGACCGUCAGGUGGUGGCGGCGGCGGCGGCCCUGGCAGCGGAAGUGGUAACCGUAGUGACAGGCGUGGAAACUGGCCUUCCCCCAAAAAUAGGAAGUGAGAUUAAAAGUUUUGAAGCAUUUCAGAUUGCUCCCCUUUUUGUACCCCAGUGUUUUGUCCAAUCUCCUCUCAUCAUCCCCAAUUCUCCCACAUAACAGCUCAUUACUGUAUAUUGCAUUGAUACAAGAGACGGUGUCUACACCCUCACUCUGGCUCUCCUCGGUACAUCUCCGUUUCUUAGCUGUUGUCACCUGUCAUCUCUGUACGUCCCCCCCCCCCCCCCCCCCCCCCACGUACCACAUGCUGUCCAGUCAGCUCCUUCUAUCUUAUUUGAUUUACCUGCCGAAUUAAAAUGCUGACUGAAACAACCUUUCUUUUUAUAUACAAGCACAAUAGAAGAGCAGGUAAACCUCAGCUUGUCUGCUGUUAUCUGCAGCUUGUUGGAUGUAUCGGCAUGAAAGGGGUUUGACGCAGAUAGGCAGAAUGUUUAUAUUUAUGUGUCUGUAUAUUUAUACCACAAAUACCGCUGGGGAGUUACUUGGUUGGGAUGUUCAAUGUAUUUACUUCUGGAGGGGGGGUUGCUUAUUUUACCAAGGACAGUUGUGAUAGCAUUUUCACCCCCCCCCCCCACACUUUUUGCAUAUCAGCCACCCUCUCUUAAAAUGUUUGUGUUUCCGAUCUUUUUUUCCUACCCAACAAAGCAGAUAAUUAUUUUUUACACUACCCUCUUAAUUUUCUGACCAGUUCUUGAAGAGUACUCUCUCCCAACCCUUCACUCCUGACAACACGCUCUGAUUUGAUCUUCGUCAGUGUUUUGCAGCUUGUUCAAAUUCAGGCCAGUGUUAUUUUGACCUGCUUUAUUCAAAUAUUGUUGCCCCUUGGUUGCAUUUGUCUGAUUUCAUAGCUCAGCUCUUGAACUUGUUAAACACGCAGUAGUUUGACUGCACUACAAAAAAAAAGAAUUUUCUUAAAAGAAAAAGUCAUGACUACUUUUCAAGAUUAGUUUCCUUAUAGUUAAUUUUAACUGCUUCUUUUUAAAUAUCUGGCCACCACUUUACCGAAAUGUUUUCUCAUCCUUUGUGUCAAGACUUUUAAAAUAAUCUGGCAGGAAAUGGGAGUCUUUUUCUUAGGAGUAAAGAAAAGCUAGUAUUGUAUGUUUCUAAGCAUAAUAAUCCAUGUGAAUGUUUUCUUUGAAGAAAAUUUUUUGCUUUGUAGAGUAGGACAGUCUGCUGUAAGCACUCCUGUAGUGAUGGGAACUUUUGGUUUUAUUUUUAAAUCUGCCUGGAGGUCUGCAUUGAGCAAGAUUACUUUUUGCAGUGUCUCAUUCUGGCCCCUUAAAGGCAAAAUGGGCUGAUUGACUGAAUAUUGUACUGUUACUAAUAUAUGUAUGUGUACACAUCUGUAUGUGCGUAUGAUUGUGUAUAUAUACAUGAUAUACACACUCUGCAGUGGACAGAAGUUAGUGAAAAUUUGUGUGUGCUGAAGACAUUCUGCUCGUAUACCAUUUGCUGAGCGGUUGUGGGAAGUAAGGGGCUUUGCAAAGCAGAUAUAAAACCACUGUAGCCAAUCUAUAAGAGCAACAGUAUGUUGUCGUCUUUCUGAACUACCGGCAGUCAUGGUGAAGUUAUACAUUAUCUAUUUACAACAGAUUUUUCCAAACAAAUCUCUGAAUAGGAGCAGCUUCUUUGAAUGCCCCCAACGGAAAGGCAAUGUUACAAGAACUAUUGUACAUCUUAUGGGCACACAAACACACCACCUUGCACACAAUAAGUAUCCAUUUGCACAAUUUGUUUUCUUCUUAAGUGCAUCUGUUCCCACAGCUCUAGGUUGGGGUUUUGUGUUCUGCAGGGAAAUGGCAUGUUUGUGACGCAUGGAUGCAUAUGAAUGUGUUUUGCGUUCCCUAUUGUGUCUGUGAUGUUUUUGGGGGGCUUGUUGAGGGGCAUUUGACUGUUUUCACCUGUAUCUCUCUACAUGCUUUUCGCAAAAUGUGUAAGGAGAAUGUGAACAGUUUCAUCAUUACUUUUCUUAUAUGCAUUCAUGUAUAUACAUUCAGGUGUGUGUAUGUGUAUAUUCAGAUGAACAUUUUCAUCAGUUACCUGGCCUGAACUUGUAGAUCAACUGGCGCUUAAAAUGAGAAUUCUUAAACGAAGAUGAUCGGAGUGGGUUAUGUUCCUGUUGCGCUGAGACUAUUUCCGACAAAACAUGACAUGGGGAUGUUCCCAGGCCUGGUUUUUCCAUGGAUAACUGGUCACUGCAGGCAUUACCCAUUUCCAUUCUGCAGUUGUAGCAAACGCGCUGCAACUCGGCCCCGAAUCCUUCAACCUCCAUAACCUUCCAGGUCCUUGUUUGACAUGCUCAUAUUGUAUGUGCCGUAAUUAAAGUAGAUUUUCCUCUUUGAGAUGCACAAAGCUUGUACCAUAUUUCCAGCGUUACUAAAGUUUCUGGAGUGGUUUAACAUGGUUUGUUAAUGGAGCCGUAAUAUACACACCUCUGUAUAUUGGUAUGUAUCUAAGUUCAGCUACCCCAGCUUACAUUCCCACAAACAAAAUGUUGCCAUUUUUAAGUUCAAGGGAGCAAUGUACACGCAGAGAAGUGUCUUAUAAUAAACAUUAUACAGAUGAGGAAAAAUAAAUUUUUGUUUUAAUGGAAA